AUGGUAAUCGAUUGUGGCCCCUCGUCAACAACUCUGUCAAACAAAGUUGGGUUUCUAAAGCCGGUGUCUCCACUAUCCACAGCUGAUGAUGAGAGUAAUGAUGGAGCUUCUAGUCAUAUACCUGGACCUAUUCUCUUUCAGACAGACUACACUUACGUCUGUAUUGUCCCUCCAGGUCCCAAAAUCAUUCAAUUUCAGUUCUAUCCACCCUCACUGGGAAGCACAAACGAAUCCAAGGCAUUGUUUACCAUCAGUGCUGGAAAGUACACUUUGUUAAAGACUUCAGCAUCCUCCUGCUCUAUAGGUUCUCAAGGUCAAAUCCAGCAUGCUAUCAGAGAAUUCUACAUCAAUGUAGAUGAUGGAAGACUAAACGUGACAUUCACGCCAUCAUCAACUCCUGGUGCCUAUGCAUUUGUAAACAAGAUCAAAGUUGUUCCAGUGCCAACAAGUCUUUAUGUGCGAGGAAAUGAUGAAGAUCCCCUUCAAAUUCGUCUCCUUGGACAUAAUCCUAAUGAUCAACAACUUUACAUCCUCAAUAACUCAAGGGCUCUUGAGACCAUGUACCGAGUCAACAUAGGAGGACCUUUCAUCUCUCCUGACCUAGAUGGUUCAGAGAUGAUGCGCACCUGGUCCACAGACAAAAGCUAUAUGAGUAUAAAUGAAGAGGUUGAUACAGACAUUCUACAGUCAAAAAUAAAAAUCAAGUACAGCGCAGAGGUCCCAGCAUACACUGCACCAGUAAAAGUCUACACCACAACCAGGGCUUCAUAUGUCAACGGUGGUAAUACUAGCUGGUCAUUCCCUCUUGAUCCUGGAUUCUAUUACCUCAUCAGAUUACAUUUCUGCGAGAUCAAUAAGAAGAUCAAACUAGGUGAAAGAGUUUUUAAAGUCUACAUCAACUAUCAAACAGCUGAGGGCCAUGCAGAUGUGUUUGAGUGGAGCAAUGGAGCUGGAUUUCCAGUACAUCGAGAUUAUGUGGUUGAUUAUGCUUCUGGACAUAGCAAUAGCACGCAGAAUCUGGUGGUGGCAAUAGAAGGCAUCAACUCAGAACUUGAUGAUCAUCAGGGAAUCUUAAAUGGGUUGGAAAUUUUCAAAAUAUCAGACAAGAACAACAAUCUUGCUGGGGCGCAUCCAUUCGGCUUUGAAGUUGAUCAGUACCGAAAUAUUCCAACAUUAACAGCUACACUCUUUCGCCGAAUAAUAGUUACACUCCUGGCUAUUCUGUUAGGUGUCAUGGUACUGACUGUGGUAUUCCACUUCAUACGCUUCCGCCUAGGAAGGACAUGGGUUAAACAAAGCUUUCUGCCCUGGCAUUAUUCUUCAGACCAAUAUUAUUGUCAGAAAUUCUCACUCACUGAGAUGAAGUCCGCAACAAACAACUUCUGUCAAGCUUUUCAGAUUGGCAGUGGUGGAUUUGGGAAUGUCUACAAGGGUUACAUAGGAGGUGGUGUCUACACUGUGGAUACUGUUGCUAUAAAGCGUGCAAAUCCCACUUCUAAGCAAGGCUUACAUGAAUUCCAAACAGAAAUCACCAUGCUCUCCAAGCUACGCCACCGCCACUUGGUUUCUUUGAUUGGCUACUGCAAAGAGGAUAAGGAAAUGAUACUUGUCUACGACUAUAUGGCGCAAGGUACACUCCGUGAUCAUCUUUAUGGUAAUCCCCGGAAACCACCACUUCCUUGGAAGCUGAGAGUCAAGAUAUGUAUAGGAGCAGCCAGAGGAUUGCACUAUCUCCACACAGGGGCAAACGAAAAAAUCAUUCACCGGGAUGUGAAGUCAAGUAACAUACUGUUGGACAGGAAUUUGGUUGCAAAAGUUUCAGAUUUUGGAUUGUCGAAAGUUGGCCCCAACCCGAAUAUGAUGAGUAGUGACACUGCACAUUCAUCAAAUGAUGACACUCCUCAUGUUAGCACUGCAGUGAAGGGUAGUUUUGGAUACUUGGACCCGGAAUAUUAUCGAAGACAGAAACUGACUGAGAAAUCAGAUGUUUAUUCAUUUGGGGUGGUGUUGUUUGAAGUUGUGUGUGCUAGGCCAGCUGUGAUGAGCAUUGUACAAAAUGGGGAGCCAGAACAUGUAAACCUAAGUGAAUGGGCACUACAACAUUAUAAUCCUGGUCAGGGUGGGAAAGCAAUUGAUCAAAUUCUAGACCCGUCUCUACAGGGAAAGAUCAAUCCCGAAUCUCUGAAGACAUUCACAGACAUAGCAAGGCAAUGUUUGAGAGAUAGAGGAAGUGAGCGGCCAACGAUGGGGGAUGUGUUGUGGAAGUUGGAGCUGGCAUUGCAGCAGCAAGAAAGAGAUGAUCAAGUAGAAAACACUCGAACCGGCACGAGUUUUCCAAUGGAAGGAACUUGGCAGACCAGGCCUGGUCUGCUCUAG